UAUUCAUUUAUGUGUUAUUGAUGACUCCAAUGAACAUAUGCUUACUGUAUGGGACUGGCAGAAAAAAUCAAAAGGAGCAGAAAUAAAGACAACAAAUGAAGUUGUUUUGGCUGUGGAAUUCCACCCAACCGAUGCAAAUACCAUAAUAACAUGUGGUAAAUCUCAUAUUUUUUUCUGGACCUGGAGUGGCAAUUCACUAACAAGAAAACAGGGAAUUUUUGGGAAAUAUGAAAAACCAAAAUUUGUGCAGUGUUUAGCAUUCUUGGGGAAUGGAGAUGUUCUUACUGGAGACUCAGGUGGAGUCAUGCUUAUAUGGAGCAAAGCUACUGUAGAGCCCUCACCUGGAAAAGGACCUAAAGGUACA